AUGGAUUUCCCUGUACUAGACAUUUCUGGAAGGAAUUAUUUGUCAUGGAUACUUGAUAUGGAAAUCCAUCUCGAUGCUAUGGAACUUGAAACCACAAUUACCGAUGGUAACGACGCAUCCUCGAAGGAUUGUGCAAAAGCUAUGAUCUUCAUUCGGCACCAUCUCCACGAGGACCUGAAGUCUGAAUACCUUACAGUGAAAGACCCACUAAGUUUGUGGAAUAAUCUGAAGAAAAUGUAUGGGCACCAGAAGGCUGUAAUCCUACCAAAUGCUCGUUAUCACUGGUUGAAUCUACGGCUGCAAGAUUAUAAAUUUGUUAGUGAGUAUAACUCUACUCUGUUUAAGAUAGUUUCAAUUUUGAAAUUAUGUGGAGAACAGAUUACGAAAAAAGAUAUGUUGGAAAAGACUUUUUUCACUUUUCAUGCUAACAAUUUGCUCCUGCAGCAGCAAUACAGAGAGCUUGGGUUUGGAAAUACUUAG